CCUAUGAUAAUUAUUACAGACCUCUACAUGCUUUGUAAGUAGGAAAACCUGCAAAAUCGGCAGUGUAUCAAAUACUUGUCCUCCCCACUGUAUGGGGUAUUACCCUACGACAUCAUUGAGCGGGUAGGCGACGUCAAUUAUAAGGUCCGCCAACCAGUGCAGAGAAACCCCACCAGUUUUACCAUGUGAAUUUACUGAAGAAAUGGCACCCACGCAAGGCGCUGUGCGUAACAGUGCAAGCUGGGCUACGCCGAAGUGGAGUAUCUGGGAUAUCAGAUCGGGAGGGGAAAUUUGAAACCACAAGAAAAACAAUUUGCUAUUAGAUUUGUACCUAACUUUGCCGCAAUAGCUUCUCCCCUCACAGAUUUAUCCAAGGCACGACUACCCCAGACGGUGAGAUGGGCGGAGGACACAGAGGCGGCGUUCAAGGCCCUGAAGGAUGUGCUAUGUUCGCACCCGGUACAAGUCACCCCGGACUUCUCAAAAAAACUCCUGGUCCAGACAGAUGCGUCUGACACCGGGGUAGGGGCCUUUUUGUCCCAAGAGCAGGAAGGCGAGGAGCACCCCAUCAUGUAUGUCAGCAGGAAGCUUCUCCCGAGGGAGAAAGAAUACUCAAUUGUCGAGAAGGACUGCUUCGCCGUGAAGUGGGCCCUCGCCACCCUCAAGUAUUACCUCCUCGGGAGGAAGUUCACCCUGAUUACUGACCAUGCCCCCCUCAUGUGGAUGGCACGAGGUGAGGACACGAAUGACCCUGUCACCCGCUGGUUCCUGUCCUUACAGCGAUUCUCUUUCUCUAUCAUCCACAGGUCGGGGUCCCAGCACGGCAAUGCGGACGCCCUAUCCAGGAGGGAUGCAAACCUAGCCCUGAGCAUGCCUCCCUCCUAGUCAGGGCCAAGGGGGUGGGGUGGCAUCCCAGGAGGUCUACCCCGGGGGAUGGUAAUAGAAGGGAGGUACUUGAGGCGAUGUUGGCUCCCUCUGCUGGGAAUACGUGAGCUGGGCACCCCGACACGGACAGCUAAGUGAAGGUAAUUAGAGGAAAGUGCCAACCAGUUGUGGAGGCUAAAUAAAAGGAGCACGAUGGCACACCGCGGGAGAGAAGGGAGAGAGACGGACACCAGUUAAGAGAGAGAAGGAAGACUGAGCAAAACCUAAGUUAUUUCUUUGAUAUAUUUAUUUUUUGUCUUAGUAAAGUUGUUUUUGCGGACUAAAGCCUCUCUGUCUCUGUGUCAAUCUCUGCACGCUCAACCCAACACCCCACAGUUUACCACAGGUGGCUAAUUUCUACCACAGAUAUCCACAGUGGAAACCGACGUUAUGUCCCCAGCUGUUGGUUCCCAGUUGAGACCUUUAACCAUCCCAGAGACCCCAUACUGUGUGUGUUUCAGUCGAGUCUCUAUUUCAAUUGAGUGUUUCUGUUUCGUUUCCAUGUUCUGUGUCUUUCAGUAGUGAAAGGGCUUUCAGUAAGGCCCUCUGUGACAGCUGGAAUAUCUCUCAGAAGUGGGAGAGACUCAACUUCAAUGUAAGCAGGAAUGCUCAACUUUUCUUGAAGCUGGAGGAUUUCUUCUGGCGACGCUACUUGUCCACGUCAGCCUUGCCUUAUGGUGUUAAGGGCAGUGAGCUUUUUCUCAUGAAAGCAUUGGCAGCCAUGGCUAGCUAUGACAUGCCUGAGACGAUAAAACAUUUGCCUUGCAAAACCUGCAUGGUGGUUGGAAAUGGGUUCGCGAUCAAGAACACCUCGUUAGGAAGUGCCAUUAACAAGUAUGACAUAGUGAUCAGAUUGAACGAUGCACCAGUUCGGGGGUAUGAGGACGACGUGGGGAACAAGACUACCAUGCGCCUCUUUUACCCUGAGUCGGCUUCCUACAACCCCAGCAUCCACAAUGACCCUGACACCCUCAUGGUCCUCGUGCCUUUCAAGCAGCAGGACGUGCGCUGGCUCAAAGAGAUCCUGUACAAUGAGAAGAGGAUCAGAAAGGGCUUCUGGAAACCCCCUCCUGAGAUCUGGUUGGGUAAAACCAGCCACAUCCGCAUCCUGGACCCCUACUUCCUGCAGCAAACGGCCAGCCGCCUGCUCCGCUUGCCUCUCAACACACCUCCAAAGACCAACCAGAUCCCAACGCACCCUACAACUGGCAUUCUAGCCAUCUACGUGGCCCUUAACUACUGUGACGUGAUCCACAUCGCUGGAUUUGGCUACCCAGAGUCUGAAGACCUGAAGCACCCCAUUCACUACUAUGGCUAUGACACCAUGAAGUCUAUGAAGUUACGGUCUUGUCCCAUCUCUGCAACUCCCCUCCGGACUCCGGAGUGCCGAAGGUCAAGAGCCAUGCGUCCUCCGAAACACGACCCUGCCAAGCCGCACUGCUUCUUCACACACUGCUCGCUUAACCCAGAUGCAACAAUGUGUCGGAGGAAACACUGUCUAGCUGGCGAUCGAUUAUUUUUAAACAACUCUUUUUACUGACACCAGAGUCAUAAUUUAUUUUUUUCUGAGUAACUCAUUCAUUUUAGUUGUUAAUUUGACCUGCUGGCCGCAAUGAAUCCUACGGGCAAUAUUCGCUCCUCCGGCUCAACGGCUCCAGACAUGUUCCGACCAUCCACUGUCUAUAAUAUGUAGCCUAUGCGCAGGAAACUACAUGUUUAGAACUGAUUGAUCGCAUGGUGCAAGUAUUAAUGUAAUGAAUUGAUUAUUGAAUAUAAUUGAUGGACAUGGACGCAGCCUGGUAGAACAAAAAAAAUGGAUACACAGCCUACCUCUGCUCAACAAACUCGAGAACUAAUCAUGUGGGGGGCUGGCUGCUGCAGUUCGCUGACGAUAUUGUGCUAUUCUCCCUUGCAGCAGUCAAGCAAUUGCAUUCCGCCAAGAAUUGUUGACAAUCUAUUCUUGUUGCAGAUGCAACGGACCUCAUUUCAACGUUAUCAGGAAAUAAUCUUAUUUGUAUGCCUAGCAAUGACAAAUGUACAUCGUUUGAAGCACACUUUUAUACGUCUCAGUCACAAGUGGUAGCUCCUAUAAGUCCAAUGUUGGUGAACGAGAGAGUGGUAGAAUUCUGAUUAUUUUGAGAUUUUUGUUCAUUGGUCAUCCGGUAAUGGAUACUGCGUACUCUGGACAUGACUGAAGCAAAUUAACGGAAUGAGUCAAAGGAUUCAGUAAAAAGAGCCACUCCUAUAAUGUUAGAGGAAAGCAUUAUGUCAGAUAUAAAAAAUACUAAAUAAAAAUCUAAUUGGAGCAAAACA